CAGCGGCAUGUCCGCCUCCGCCGUCAAGAAGAAACACGUCCGUUUCGCCAGCAUGGAGGACGACGGCGACAACGACGACCAGGAGGAGGACACCCUGUUUGACAAGAGGCGGGACGCCGGCCGACGGCUCAAAAGCGCGCUGAAAGCGGGGAGGAGGAGGACGACCGCGGCCAAACCGGCUUUCGCCGGGCCGGACGUCGUCGGAAGCGGCUCCGCCGGCGGCGGCGCCUGCGGCCGCUGGGUGGUCACCUUGGCGCUCUGCGCAUCCUUCCUGGGGCUGGGGAUGAGCAUUUCGGUUAUCGGCCCUACCUUUGAGGACCUAGCGGUGAAUGUCAAAAAGAACAUCAGCAACAUCUCCUACAUCUUUGUGGGACGCUCCAUGGGCUACAUCGGUGGCUCUCUGCUGGGAGGCAUCCUCUUCGACUGCAUGAGUCCCCAUCUCCUGUUAGGGCUUUCUAUGCUGGUCACAGCGUUCGGCAUGUGUGCCAUCCCAUUCUGCAAGAAGGCUCUCCUCCUGACCGCGCUCAUGUCCAGCAUUGGAAUAUCUAUGGGGAUUCUGGAUACAUGCGGGAAUGUGCUGAUCUUAAACACAUGGGGCAACCAGGCAGGACCACACAUGCAGGCCCUGCACUUCAGCUUUGCUGCAGGGGCGUUUGUUUCGCCGAUAAUAGCCAAGCUGCUGUUCGGGCCUGACCUGGACACGCAUAAAAACGCCAGCAUGGAAGCCAUAUUGACCACGCCCACCAAAAGUGCCCUCUCUCGUCCUGCAGAACAGAUCACCAGGGCGCCCCUCUCCCUCAUCCGCUACGUCCACAGCUGGAGCAGCACCCUCAAGUCCAUGUGGGCGUAUGUCGUAAUCGGGUCAUUUGUUCUCCUCGUCUCCAUCCUCUUCUUCAUCCUCUACUUCCGCAGCAGCCCGUUGCGCGACAAAACCCGUACGCCAUCGGGGAAGCCCCUGGUGGCCAGACAUCACACUGCACUCAUGGUCAUGCUCUUCUUCUUCUUCUUCUGCUAUGUGGGUGCGGAAGUGGCAUACGGCUCCUUCAUCUUCACCUACGCCAAGGACUAUGCCCACAUGGAUCAGCAGCAGGCAGCAGGGCUCAACUCCCUGUUCUGGGGCACGUUUGCCACCUGCCGAGGGCUGGCCAUCUUCUUCGCUGCCUGUUUAUACCCAGGCACUAUGAUCCUGCUGAGCCUGGUGGGCAGCACCAUCUCCUCCCUGCUCCUCUGCCUCUUCAGCAGGGAGAAGGUGGCAUUGUGGGUCUGCACAGGUCUCUAUGGGGCCUCCAUGGCCACCACCUUCCCCAGUGGCAUCUCCUGGGUGGAACAGUACACAACCGUGACGGGCCACUCAGCGGCUACGUUUGUGGUUGGUGCUGCCCUCGGUGAGAUGGUGCUCCCUGCCCUGCUGGGCUUCCUGCUGGGGAAGUUCCAGGACCACCCCCUGUUGAUGUACCUGUCCUUAGUCACCGCCACCAUCACCUCCAUCCUCUUUCCCGUCGCCUACAAGCUGGCCUCAUCCCCUGCUGGACAGGGUAGGAAACCCCGUGCCAGGGGUCGCCCCGAUGCCGACGAGAGUGAGUACCGCCAGGCGCUGCUGGAUUCAGGAGCCAAUGAGGAGGAGGAAGAAGAAGAGGACGAGGGGCGAGAAGACAACGAGGCCGACCACUGGAACGAUGCGGACUUUGAGGUCAUCGAGAUGGAUGAUGCCGUGAGCCCUAUGAGUUCUCCCAGUAGGGGAUCCUCCUUCCCACUGGAUGCUACUAGACCGAAAGGGAGCACUGCUGACACCACCAUCACCUCUGCCACCCCAGUGUCAGAGGUCUCAGUUGGAGCCUCCUUUUCCGACUCUCUCCCCUUGAUAGGUGACUCCCCCAGGCGUAAACUGCUGCUAACACUGGAGAGGGAGAAGAAGGAUUAGCUGUCCCCUCCUUUCUUUGUGACCCACGUAACACCGAGAGUUUUUGAAACCGUCACAACAGCUGAAGGUAAUAAAACUAACCGGCAGAAUAGAAAAGCAGCAGCGCCAGACAUCCCGAGGACCGGACUGACAACCGCUGGUCU